GGCAUGGCCGACAUCCUGAAAGCUAAUAUCACCUUUGCCCUGGACCUCCUGAAGAAGCUGGGAAAGGACAGCUCCCGUAAUGUGUUCUUCUCACCCCUGAGCAUCUCCUCUGCCCUGGCUAUGGUCUACCUGGGGGCCCGGGGAAACACUGCGGAGCAGAUGUCCCAGGCUCUCAGCUUCCACCGGGUCAGAGGCGAUGUGCAUCAGGCCUUUCAGGAUAUGAUGGGCUUCGUGAACAAGCCAGGUGCCCAGUACCAACUCAAGAUGGCCAACCGCAUCUUCGGGGACAAGACUUAUGAGUUUUUAUCCUCUUUCAAGGACUCCAGCCUCAAAUUUUAUCAUGCCGAGAUGGAGGAGCUGGAUUUUUCUCAGGCCACAGAGCAGUCCUGGAAUCACAUCAACUCCUGGGUUGCCCAGAAGACAGAAGGCAAGAUUACUGAGCUGCUCAAGCCUGGUACAGUUAACUCAGAGACUGCGCUGGUUUUGGCCAAUGCCAUCUACUUCAAAGGAAACUGGGAGAGGCAAUUUAAGGAGGAAAAUACUGAGGAAAGCCCCUUCAAAAUCAGCAAGAAUGUGAGCAAGCCAGUGCAGAUGAUGCGCCAGUCAGCCACCUUAAAAAUGACCUACAUUAAAGAGAUCUUCACCCAGAUCCUGAUGUUGCCCUAUGUUGACAAAAAACUGAACAUGAUCAUCAUGCUCCCGGAUGAGGACAGGGACUUGAAGACGCUGGAGAGCAAGCUGACCUACGAAAAGUUCAAGAAGUGGACGCGAAUGGACAUGAUGAACGAAGAGGAUGUGGAGGUGCUGCUCCCCCGGUUUAAGCUGAAGGAGGAAUACGACCUGGAGGUCGUCCUGAGGGAGCUGGGCAUGACUCUCGCCUUUGACCAGGCUGCAGCCGACCUCUCAGGCAUGUCGUCCAAGCAGGACCUCUGUCUGUCCAAGGUGGUGUACAAGGCCUUGGUGGAGGUGAACGAGGAGGGCACUGAGGCAGCAGCAGCCAGUGAAGCUAGAGAGAUGGUACGCUGUGACACCAUCUUGCCCGAAUUCUGUGCCAACCACCCCUUCCUCUUCUUCAUUCAGGAUAGCCAGACCCAAAGCAUCCUCUUCUGUGGGCGAUUUUCUUCUCCUUGA